UUAACUCUGCGUCAUAUGUACCUUUAGCCCUCUUCUCCACGGCCACCGCUCCAUCGCCGGCGCUUUCACCGAUCAAGAGGGCCAAUUUCUUCUCCGGCCUUCUCUGACGUGCUGAUCAACGUUCGACGCCCUAUUCUCCGGACAACUCUACUAGCAAGUUUAGAAGCUUGCCGGUGCCAAAUUUGCAAUCUUUCUGAUUGCAGGCAGAUCCAUUUCCGUAACAAAACUUCAUCUAGAAGAUUCAUUUGGUAUAAAAAGUUUGUCCUGAAAUCUGUUUUGCACUUGAUCUUAAAGAGAGUGCAAAAUGGAAUGCAAUCGAGAUGAGGCAACUAGAGCCAAGGAAAUUGCAGAAAAGAAAUUUGCAGCUAAGGAUAUAACUGGUGCAAAGAAAUUUGCUAUGAAAGCGAAUGCACUUUUCCCGGAGCUUGAAGGACUUCAGAAGAUGGUAUCUACUCUCGAUGUUUAUAUUUCUGCAGAAAGAAAAAUAAACGGGGAAACAGAUUGGUAUGCAGUACUCGAUGUUGAUCCAAAAGCAGACGAUGAAACUGUGAGGAAACAUUAUAGGAAGCUGGCUCUCAUGCUUCAUCCGGACAAGAAUAAGUCUAUCGGGGCCGAAGGAGCAUUUAAACUUAUUUCUGAAUCCUGGAGUAUGUUGUCGGAUAAAGCCAGACGUUCACUAUACGACCACAAGAGGAGGACUAGAAUAACUCCAACAAAAGUUCCAUCAUCAAAUGUGCAGAAAAAUGGAUUCCCUGAUAUAAGUGUUCCCAAGACUCAUAACAGCAAGGGAAACUCAAACAAUGUCCCUCCUUCAUCAUCUCCAAAGGAAAAAAGUUCUUUUUGGACUGUCUGUCAGCGCUGCAAGAUGCAGUAUGAAUAUCUUAGAAUCUACCUUAACCACAAUCUUCUAUGUCCUAAAUGUCAACAACCUUUUAUCGCAAUAGAAACUCCAGCUCCCUCUAAACGUUCAAAAGUGCACAACCAAAAUAAACACUCUUAUCAUCAAGGAUCCACUUCUACGGUUGGAGGUGAAUCAAAUACUGGAACAAACUUCCAAUGGGUUCCUUUUACUGGACCAGCUCCUGGCGCUUCGACAUCCGCAGAGGCUGCUGCAUCUAUGGUUCAUAACGCUUAUGAACAAGUUAAGAGACAGCGUAAAGAGGCACAAGCAGCUAAAAGAAAGAAGAGUCAAUCCAAGUUGCCGACUGCGAAAAGAAGAAAGGGAGCAGAGGCUGCAGGAGCUGGUACAUCUGGUGUUAAAAAAGGAAUUUCGGAACUGUCUAAUGUUGAAUGCCAAAGCCUGUUGAUGGAGAAAGGAAAGAAAUUAAUUAAAAAAAAGUUAAAGGACAUGACCCAAGCUAAGACCUCUGAAUCUGUGGAGAAGAUGAGCAAGAAAAGGGAUGACGUUAAAGGUAAAAGGAAAGUUCUUGAGAAGAAAGAGCCACGGGAAGAGAUAACAAUGGAAAUUUCUGAUCCAGAUUUUUACUUUUUCGACAAAGACCGAGUAGAAAAGUGCUUCAUGGAGAACCAGGUCUGGGCUGUUUAUGGUGAUGAUGAUUAUAUGCCCCGUCACUAUGCGAUGAUUAACAGUGUGAUCUCAUUGAAUCCAUUCAAGGUGAAUCUCACUUGGCUUAAGCCCAAUUUGAACAAUGAAAAGAGUAUAUGGCACUUUGCAACUUCGGGUUUAAGAAAGACUUGUGGAGAUUUUAGACUCGGUAAGUUUGAAGAUUAUAGUGCCCUCAAUUCUUUCUCACAUAAGGUUAGCUCGACAAAGAGUGAUGAAGAUGAAAGGAUUAUUCAAAUAUUUCCGCGAAAAGGGGAUAUUUGGGCUACUUAUAGAAACUGGUCUCCUCAAUGGAACGAUAUGACAUCAACCGAGGUAAUCAAGACAUUCGACGUGGUAGAGUUGCUUGAAGACUACAAUGAUAAUAUUGGUGUGAUUGUUAUUCCAUUGGUUAAAGUUGCUGGUUUCAAGACAGUUUUUCGUCGUCAUUUGGACCCUGACAAAGAAAUUGUGAUACCAAAGGAAGAAAUGGCUCGAUUAUCUCAUCAGGUACCUGCACACUUGCUUAAUAGUCAUGAUGCCCCUUUCGUUUUCAGAGGCUGCUGGGAGCUUGACCCGGCUGGGACACCUUUACAGCUUCAGACAAUUAUCGGUAAAGUUGAAGAACUUAAUGUGGAGAAUGAAGAAUGAAAGACGAGAAAAAUAACCCUACUUUUGCCUAAUUAGGGUAGUUCAUGCUGUAUCCGAAGUAAAAUGUUGACUGUGAAAUGUUGUUUAGGUAUCUGAAGAAAAACCCUUGUCCAAAAUAAAGGAUUGGGUAAUGAAUAGGUUGGGGCUGAAAACCCUGAUAAACAACUAUACAUAAAUGACCUUUCUUUCUUAGCAAAAAAGAAAAAAUAGGUAAGUGAGAUUCAGUCAGUCAGUCAUAUUUGUUUUUUGUCAAAUGGAUGGUUUAUAACUGCAGGUCAGUUAAAGAAGAAGACAUUUUAAGAUUUCUUACCUAUUGUUUUUCUUUCAUGUUUGAUU